AAUGCGCUAUCAAUGGACAACAUUCUGCCGCUGCCUUGGACACACAAGCGUGGACUUUCAGUUCAUAACAUUCCCCUUUAUUGUUCGCAUAGAAGAGUAAAAGUACAAUUUAAUAGCGCAUUAAAGGCUCGGAUACCAUUCGUAAACAAGGGAAAUACGUUUAUCAAAGUUAUUCGGACGAAGAAAGAAUUCCUGUCACGACAAUGGCAAACUGCUGAACGCACUGGUUGAACGUUGAACUAGCUGCUGUUGAGCUAGAACUAGUCUACAUCCUCACCAACUUCACCACUAAAGAUGGGUACCGCCGCGCCACCUUAUUACAGUUAGUCUGCUCAAGAAUAUUAAAUCUGAAUGUUAUGCAGAUCUCUGAUGUAACUGACAGUUACCUUAAAGCACUGACUCUCCAUCAAGAUGGUUUCUUCGCCUGCCUGUUGGUCUUGGUGCACAGCGAAAGAUCAAGUAUGACGUUGUCUGUUUUUUCAUGCUAACCUCUUUUUUCCCCUGCUCACGACACGGAUGGAUUACCCUCCAAGUAAACGUUCGAAAUAUGGCCACAAUGUGGACCCUGACCCAUUUUCGGACGAUGAGGACUUUACUCAGGAUGAUUUCAAUGAAAUCGACCUAGCAGCAUCACAAGUUGCCACCACGAGCGCUGCUGUCAGGGCUCAGGACGACUCUCGCGCUCCGUGGGGCAAGCCAGAGGGCAGGAAAACAUUCUCCCUGUCCUCCAAUCGUCCUGGACCAAGUGGCAUCAGUGAUGGACGUACAGUUACACCAAGACCAAGUGCCAUUAGUGAUGGACGUGCCGUCACACCAGGACCCAAUGGCACCAGCCGAGGACGUACUGCCACAUCAGGAGCAAGUGGUAUCCGCCAUGGAAGUACACAUGGUUGUUGUUCCUCCUCCUCCUCUUCUUCCUCUAAGAAAAUAUCUCAAGUUGAUUUGCUCAGAUAUGGCGACUCCUCCAAGACCGAGGAAAAACAUAGCCACUACAGCAAGUUGGAAGCCCAACAAGCCUCUCUUUUGGAGAAGAUGAAGGGGAUGGAGGAGGAGAACCUGAUGAAGAACGGGGAGAUCCGUGUGCUGCGGGACUCCCUGCGUCUGGCCAACCAGGAGAAGGAGCAGCAGAAGAUGGCUCUGUACAACCAGGAGAGGGAGAGGGCCCAGGCACAGAGCGACAAGGAGAAGGAGCUCAUGAAGAAGCUCCAGUCCCUACAGUCUGAGCUUCAUUUUAAAGACGCAGAAAUCAACAACAUGAAGACCAAACUUCAGCAGUCUGAGAGAGGGAAGCACCCCGGAACACCUUCUGCCAAAAGCAGCCCCAAGACUAUGUCCUCAGCCGCUUUUUCCCAGGAGGCCACAAGUCGUGCUUCUCCAGGACCCAGUUCUUUUAUCACCAAGGAGACCUUCACUGCACAGAUACCCGUUCGACGCCCUUCUUCAAAAUCUGCUCCUGAACCCGCUUCCACCAAACAGACCAAAGCCAACACUGAAACAGAAACACCUGUGGAUAUGUGGCCACCCCCAAGGCUAAACCGAGGCUCUGCACUGGUCAACUUGCUGCUGCAGCACCCUCUGGACCCCAGCUCUCUGGGCCUCUGCCACCUGCUGUGCCUCAGCCCAGACUCCCUGUCCAGCCUCAUCCCCCAGUCCAACUCCAUCUGCUUCAAGUCCUUGUGCACGCCUUCGUCCUCCUCGUCCCCAGCAGACCCAUCGACUCCGCCCCGCGCCGGAGACCGCUUCAGCCGGCUACAGAGCCUCGCCAUGGGGGGGCUGAGCUCGCUGGCCUCCAGCCAUCAGCCCCCGCUCGCACGCUUCAAUAACCCCUCGUCAGCCCGUCUGGCCGCCUCGCUCCAGAAGAGAACCCCGGGGGCGUCGCACCUUCUCCCCUUACUGGAGUACCACCUCAGCCUCUACUGCCAGACGCUGGCCGCCCUCGAUGCCUCCUUGGCCAAGAGUCCUCUGCAUGGGGGCCGUGGCAUGUCGUGUCUCUCUGACUCCUCCUCCUCCUCCUCCAGUACCUUGUCGUCCAAUCCGGAGGAGUGGCUGGCGUCUCAGGAAGACAUGGCCUUGGCGUCCCUCAAGGCCCUAAGGCUCAUCGUGUCUGAGAGCGACGAGGCAGUGAGCUCUCUGCUGGCCCCCACAGCACAGGACCUGGAGGCGAUGACGGGCCCGGCUACCGCCGGUGCUAUUACUGCUGCUGGACUCAGCAGUCCACAGCCAGGGUCCUCUACGGACUGUAACGCCAUGCAGACGGACAGAUCGGUACUAGCAUUAGCUCCACAGCACCAUCCACUACUUCGGUGGCUGGUGCAGCUGGCGGAUCCAAGCUACACUGCCAGCGCCAUCCAGAGGGAGUUGGUUGUAACUACAAGUCUUGGUGCACUGAGCUUGCUGGCGGAGCGGGCAAGUGAAGAACAGCUCCACAGGUUUGACUGUGUCCUGACCAACCCGACCAUGACACAGUGCUUAUCUUCUGGCUCAACAUACAACACUGUACUUCUUACUCUGCGACUUUUGACCAUAUUGGUCAGCAGCGAUGACGUCUUGGGAAAGCUAAUCUCUCAUCAAUAUCCUUGUCCCUUUCUCAAAGUAUUCAAAUAUGUAGUCUCGAGACCAGAUAAGAGUAUUACCAAUAAGGAUCUCUGGAUGAAACUAGAGAUAGAGGUGAUCCGGUUUUUGUCUACAUUGUUUUGCCAGAGGUCGUUCCUAUGGGCAACAUUCUUUGAGUCGUCGUGUCAGUGCAACAGCGAGGUGGUGCGAACGCUGGUGGUGCUGCUCCACAGGGAGGUUCUGCUGCUGCACCAGGCCAUGUGGCGCCAGGGCAAGAGCGCCAGCUGGGCGGUGCCCGGCGUGACGGUGGUGCGGGAGGGGCUGGUGGCGCUGGGCUGGCUGGUGCAGUACGACUCCAACUUCCACGACCACAGCCUGGAGGUCAUGCACAUGUACGAGCAGAUGGUGCCCAUCAUACGAGACACCUUCCAGAAGUUCCCAAACAUCAAGGAGAGUGAAGAACUAGCACUGGACGAAGUCUGUGGGUUUGGCUCAGAGAAUGUAGAAGACAUGGACAUGGAUGAAGGCAAUUCAGAGUCAGCCUCAGGGAUGGAUUCAUAUACUUGAUAAAUGUAAUGUGUCUGUCUUUUUUUCUAUAAAAUAAUAAACCUGAAUAAAUGUCAGAAAUGUU